GAUCUAUAUUAUUAAAUCUAAUAUUCAAAAAUUCAGUGGGAGCACAGGAUCCCUCACAAGAUCUUUACGAAGAGGAUCCUGCAGGAUUUUUAAGUGUAGUCAUCGUUGGAUAUACUUCCAUGAUUUUCUCCUUAAUCGGAACAUUUUUUGUAUUUAGUAGAGUUUAUUACAGAUGGAGAAAUACAAAUAAAGUUUUGUCUAUGGCCCUUAAAGUACCUUUUUAUAUGUGCAUAUUUGAUUUUGCUUUAGUAAUUUGUCAGUCUAUUAAUUUUACUUAUCUUGCGAUAAAUCGUACUACGUUGUCUGAUCCAGCCUGUAUACAAGUUGCCUUUGUGCAAGCUGCUAUUACUUUUUAUCAUAGAUUAGUUAUCGCUUGCAUUUCUAUAAAUACUUAUUUCAGAGUAUGUAGAGAAAAAAAUUUUAAUAUUGGUAGAUAUGAUUGGAAAAUAUUUAUACCGACAGGAAUUAUCUCAGGAGUUGUUUCAUUUCUUGGUUUAAAAAAUUAUGGUCGUGAUAAAUAUUGGUGUGCCGUAAAAUCUGAUAGAUCUAAAAAUUUUUUUAUUCCAUUUACUUCCACUUUGAUAACAUUACUUGUGCUUUCUAUGUGUUUAUUUUGUUACAUCAAAACUAUUCGUGCCAUACGUCUUGUUAAAGAGCAGCAAGAAGCAGUUAUUUCUAGUAACGGUGUAAUUGGUAAUAAUAACUCUUCAGUGUCUCCAAUAGAAGAGGUGGAAAGAAAAACACCUUCUAUACCUUAUAAUAUGUACCAAUUUCUUGGAAAUGCAAAACCCUGGGCUUAUUGUUUGGUUAUUGCAUCAGUUAACUUGGGUGGUGUUGGAAAUGCAAUAUUUUAUGUAAUAAAUGAAGGUUGGCAGAUUCGUUUUCAUGGUACUGGCAAAUCUGGUUCGAAUUUUGAUCAAGGAAAUGUUAUUCAUUCAAAAGAUGACUCUAAUUGUGAUGAAAUUAGUUCCAAAGAUGUUACUGACCAUGCUGUUUCAAUAUUAUUACAAAAUAAUGUUGUUACUGAAAUUUCUGGACGUGAUACGUUUAAUUCUUGA